UGAAUUGCUGACUAUGGAUUUAUAGUCAGUUAUAAUGUCAGAAAAUAAUACAUUUUUAAUGUUGUCGUGGAUCAACGUCAACGUCGAAUAUCGAGUCGUAGGUACACUGCGUGUUUAUUUAAUAAUGACCAGGUGUGAUUUUGAUAACGAGAACAUGUUUUGGAGUUUUUUAAUAUUCCUGAGAAAGAGACGAAAUAAUUCCCUAACUCACUCACGUGGGAAUCGAGAGAGACGCUCAAUUCUAGGGUCACUCUGUAUCAAUGUUUCAAACCUCUGGCCAGAAUCCAGGACAAAAUACAGGUUAUAUAUAUGCACUAAUGAUAGCGUAUACAUGAAAGAAAAAAGGUGUGCUUUGUUCUCCAAUAAAUGUAAACCCUGACACAUGCGUACACGCCCUCGACAUGACAAAUGAGACCAACUCCAGCCAAUGGCGAGAUAAUAAGACCGAUUGCCAUGGUAUUGAAGCUCAGUUCGGCGACGACACCGACGAGACAACAGCGAGUUUCGCAAAAUGGCAAUUUUGUGCAUUUUGGGAUUAGCGCUUUGUGCUACUUUUGCAUUAGGCGAGGAAGUGUGUUAUGGGGCACUAGGAUGCUUCAACGACAAUCCUCCAUUCGAUGAUCGUGAACUUCCACAGUCACCCAGUCAAAUCAACUAUAAGUUUGAGCUGUUUACAAGAAAUAACCCAGACACAAAAGAGGAUAUUACACCCGAAAACCCUGGGCGCAACUUCCGAGCCUCUAGACGAACCAUGUUUAUUAUUCAUGGUUAUCUAACAUCUACCGACUUUGAAUGGAUUGCAAACAUGAGACGCCAGCUCCUGCAAAAUGGUGAUUAUAAUGUGAUAAAACUCGACUGGACAAACGGUGCUAGUCCCGACAUUCCCGGGCUGGAUUAUCCCCAAGCCGCGUCAAACACACGUGUAGUUGGAGCCGCAGCGGCUCAACUUAUGUAUGCCUACAUGCAAAACUCUGCAAUCGGAGUAAAUAUCGCCAAUGUUCACUGCAUCGGACACAGUCUCGGCGCGCAGACUUGUGGAUAUAUGGGCAAAUGGUUGGCUGCUAGAAAUCAGCGGUUAGGUCGAAUAUCAGGUCUUGAUCCAGCUGGUCCUUGGUUUGCCGACACGACACCAGCAGUAAGACUCACUGAGAGGGACGCCACCUUCGUUGAUGUCAUUCAUUCUAAUGGCAGAGGUGCAGUCGUUCUACUCGGCAUUGGAACACCUAGUGGCCACGUUGAUUUCUAUCCCAACGGAGGUGGCGCACAACCAGGGUGCGGACUUACAUACAACGUACAUGAUAAUCGCGCCAAAAGACAAGACGUCGAUGCGUGGGUAGCCUGCAGUCACGCCAGAGCCUACAUGUAUUUCACAGAAUCCAUCAAUUCUGGCUGUCAGUUUACAUCAAACCCCUGCCAAGAUAUAGAUGAUGGAGAGGACGGUUUUUGCGACCGAUGUGUUCCGGGAAGUUCCUGCCAGUUUAUGGGCUGGAAAUCCACCAACUCACCCGGUAGAGGCAAAUUCUACCUUGAUACCUAUGAAGAUGCGCCUUUCUGCAGGAACUGAUAUACCAAUCUUGCGUUGGUCUUGCUUAACGCUACAAUAAAUAAUGAGAAUUGAAA